CUAUUAAGAAUUGUUAAUGGCAAUGAAGCUGCACCCGGAAGUUGGCCUUGGUUGGUUUCGAUGCAUGGUGGAUUGGAUGAGACAUUUUUCUGUGGAGCUAGUAUUUAUAAUGAACGAUGGUUGAUAACUGCUGCACAUUCGAGCAAUAUUCCAGCAUGGACCCUUAAGGCUGGUGCUGCCAGACGACACACAUAUUCCCGUCAUCGUCAAGUUAGGAAAGCUAAAAGGUUAUUCGUUCAUCCAGAUUUUAUCCAAGUAGAUAAUGAUAUAGCAUUAAUCCAACUUGAAGAACCGUUUAUAUUCACUGAUUAUGUUCGACCUGUUUGUCUACCAAAAGAAAGUGACCCACCUGCUGAAGGAUCAAAGUGUCUUGCUGCUGGUUGGGGUAGACCAUCUGAAACUGCUAACCAUUAUAUGAGAGCAAUGCAAGAAUUGUAUCUCGAUGUAGUCAAUUGGAAACAUUGUAAAAAUGUGGUAGAAAACGCAGAACAAAAACUACCAUAUAAAAUCUCAAAAAAUAUGUUUUGUGCUGGCGGUACAAUAGGGCAUGAUGCUUGUUCGGGUGAUAGUGGUGGUCCAUUUGUUUGUAAGAAGGAGAACACUACAGAUGAGUGGGUCCAAUAUGGAAUAGUGUCAUGGGGAGUUGGAUGUGCUGUUCCUAAUGUUCCUGGUAUAUAUACUGUGCUGCCUCAUUAUCUAGACUGGAUUAAAGAGGUUAUCGCUAAUAAUACUGACCCUUUUUAG